UUAGUGUGGUAAUACUUUCUAUAUAGGCAUGAAGCAGCAGUUCUCUUCUAAUCUUGCAGCAAGUGGCAUUUUUAAAGCAAGAAGAGUAGUUUCCGAGGUGCAGUGAAUGCAGCACGGGUAAAGCGAUGCUGCCUUCAUUGACUGCAGGGGGCGUGAGGAGACGGUCGGGCUGCUUCCUGCUCGGUUUUCUGGUGAAGCAGCGCUUUCUGGUUGCCGUUUUCUGGACUCUGAUGAUUUUCAGCUCCAGAAGAGACGCGGAAGAAGGACGGAAAGCUGAGAGAACUGUGUGGGACAGAACAGUUCUCAGGUCUCCAGAAUGACUUCUCCUGUCCGUGUGAUCGUGGCUGGAGCUGGAUGUCGAGGAGAGCUCCACUCUAGUUAUGCAUCUAUCCACCCUGAACGCAUGAAGGUCGUUGCAGUGGCCGACCCGAGGAAGUUCGCUCGCACCAAACUUCAGAAGCAGCACAACAUUCCAGAUGAAAACAUGUUUGAAGACUGGCAAAGCAUGUUGGAGAGAGACAAGUUUGCAGACGCCGUGUUAAUUUGCACUCCGGAUCAACUUCAUAAGGAGCCUGCUGUGGCCUUUGCAAAGGAAGGCUACCAUAUUCUGCUGGAGAAACCAAUGGCAACGACUGCAGAGGACUGCGUAGCCAUCGUAGAGGCUUGUAUUCAGAGCGGUGUGAUGCUGUCUGUGGGCCACGUUCUCCGCUACGAUCCACUCAUCCGCAAGAUUAAGGAGCUCAUAGACGCUGGAGCCAUUGGUGAUAUCAUCCAUAUUCAGCACCUGGAGCCGGUCGGCUAUUACCACUUUGCUCACUCGUUUGUUCGAGGAAACUGGAGAAACGAAGCAGAAAGCUCUUUUGCUCUUCUGGCCAAGUCGUGUCAUGACAUCGACCUGAUCCAUCACUGGGUGGGAGAUCGCAGGUGUGUGAAAGUGUCAUCGUUUGGGUCCGUUAGCCACUUCCAAAAAAAGCACAAGCCAACAGGUGCUUCAGAUCGCUGCCUCGACUGUCCGAUAGAAGAAAAGUGCCCGUACUCAGCACGUAAAAUCUACCUGAACAGCGUGAAACGGGGUCACACCGGCUGGCCAGUGAGCGUCAUCUGUCCGAGCUCGUCCCCAGACGUCGAGUCGGUAACCGAGGCGCUGAGGACCGGACCGUACGGCCGCUGUGUCUACGAGUGUGACAACGACGUCUGCAGUAACCAGAUUGUUAACAUGGAGUUUGCAGGAGGAGUGACGGCAGCUUUUUCCAUGGUGGCGUUCACAGAGGAGCUUUGCAGACGAAAAACCACCAUCUAUGGCAGCAAGGGAGAGCUGUCAUACGACGGUAAUGAGAUCCGCGUGUUCGACUUCCUGACCCAGAGAUCAGAGACCCAGAGAGCCAUACAGCACACGGUAGUCGGUAAAGCUAACAGGACGUUUAGCAUGGCGGGACACGCUGCAGCCGACUACCACCUCAUUCAUGCCUUUAUUUCUGCUGUGGCGAACAACGAUCCGUCCCUGAUCCGGUCGGGUCCGGAGGAGACGCUGCUGAGCCAUCUGCUGGUGUUUGAAGCGGAGCGUUCGCGACUGGAGGGCAGAGUGGUUUACUGUGAGGACAGAAAGCCCAGCUAGGGGACCGGCAAGCAUUCUGAGCAGAUUAGAGAUAAAAAUCUAACUUUAAAAUGAUAUCCAAAUCACUGAAGAGGCUUUUAAACUGAUAGAUAAAGGAGAAAAUUUGUGUAGUGUGUAAUUGUUUCAGUAUCGUCUGUGACGGUACUAAAGUGAGGCGUUGUACUCUCAAUAACUUGAUGAUUAGUCGUUCAGUCGUGUUUUAAUACGUUUCUGUAAAUGCUCACGCCAGUUGAUCUGUCACAGAUUUGUGAAACUCUCAGGGCUACAGUAGAUAUAAAUAUAGUGCCUAUUAAAGGGCCAUAUGAUAAAAUA